GUUAUAAACCGGGGGUGAUCGUCUCUGGUCUUUGCUUUGACUUUACUUUUCUCAUUUUGAGUCCUUCAUCCAUCACAUCCCCAGUCGACAUACCAUCAAACCCCUUCACCGAACCUCGCCAAGUCACCAAACCUCACCUACCUACCGAACUCAGAACACCCAACCCAACGUCCCGGAUCACCAAGAUCCAAACAACACCACCAAGAUGGCUUCCGUCACCGAUUUGAAGCUGGCCCAGCCUCUAACCCUCCCCAACGGCCUCAUCCUCCCCAACCGCCUCAUCAAAGCCGCCAUGGCCGAACAACUCGGCUUCGGCAACCACCUGCCCAACCCCGAGCUCUCCGCCGUCUACUCCGUCUGGGCGCGCGGCGACUGGGGCAUGAUCCUAACAGGCAACGUGCAAGUCGACCACGCGCACAAGGGUGACGCUCACGACAUCUCCCCUGGUCACCCAGGUACGACGCCGGAGCAGACUCUGACGGCGUUUAAGGCUUGGGCUGAUGCUGCUCUCCUCAAGGGACAGAGCAGGACGCCGGUGGUGGUGCAAAUUAACCAUCCCGGCCGCCAAAGUCCGAUGGGCGCUGGCACGAGGGGACUUUGGGAGAAAGCGGUGGCGCCUAGUGCUGUGCCGUUGGUUUUGGGAGAGGGAUUGGUACCCCGUUUGGCGUCCAAGUUGCUCUUUGGCACCCCCCGGGAGUUGACUGUCGCCGAGAUCAAGGAUAUCGUGCAAAAGUUCGGUUACACUGCUAGAAUCACGGCGGAGGCCGGGUUCCAGGGCGUGGAGAUCCAUGCGGCGCAUGGAUAUCUUUUGGCGCAGUUUUUGAGCAAGAAGACGAAUAAGCGCGGGGAUGUGUAUGGCGGGUCGGCCGAAAACAGGGCGAGGAUCGUGGGGGAGAUUAUUGAGGAGUGUAGGAGGCAGGUGGCCGAGGCGGUGGGCGAGGAAGAGGCCAAGAGGUUUGUGGUGGGGAUUAAGUUGAAUAGUGCGGAUUGGCAGACGGGACGUAAUGGAAAGGAGGAGGAGACGGAUACGACGGAGGAGGUGCUGAGGCAGAUUGAGCUUUUUGAGCAGUGGGGGGUGGAUUUUGUGGAGGUUAGUGGUGGGAGUUAUGAGGAUCCUCAGAUGGCCAACGGCCCCAAGGUCGAAAAGUCCGAACGCACCAAGGCCCGCGAGGCCUUCUUCCUCGAGUUCGCCAAGAUCAUCCGCACCAAGUUCCCCAAGCUCCCUCUCAUGGUUACCGGCGGCUUCCGCACCCGUCAGGGCAUGGAGGCCGCUUUGGCCACCGACGACUGCGACAUGAUCGGUAUCGGACGCCCGGCCGUCAUCAACCCUUCGCUUCCCGCCAACUUGAUCCUCAACCCGGAGAUCCCGGAUGCGGAUGCCAGGUUGUUCGACAAGAAGGUUGAGCCGCACUGGAUCUUUGAGAAGUUGGGCAUGAAGUCCGUUGUUGGUGCUGGUGCUGAGAUUGGCUGGUAUGUGAGCGAGAUCAAGAAGCUGGCCAAGUUUUAGGAGAGUGAGGAAUGAUAAAGUACACGAUACCCACAUUUUUGGAGUUACAAUAGAGCUCGAAUAGAGGAGUUAAUGAUGUUUGCAUAGCUGAAUGUGCUGGAGUUACCUCGUCUC